ACUGGGCGUCCGUUUGACGGCAAGUCGUAAUCAUCGCCAUCUUGUCUUCACGUCGUUCUCCCUUGUUUGCGGCAUGAGCGCCCAAACUUCCGCAGAAGCGGCGGAUUCAAGCGCCACAACCACCACAAACACACCGCGGGAUGGUAAGGGUGCAGCCAUUGACAGCCACAGAUGUGGCACGUGUGGGCAGGAGUUCAGGGGACUACCAGAGUUCCUCCAGCACAAGCUCAACACAGCCGCCUGCCGAGACUCGGAGCUCAGCGACUGGUGGGAACAACAGAAGAAAACCCUGCUAGCACAGGGGCAAGACAUGGAAGAGGGGGAGGUCCGCACAUCCAGUAAACAGAAAGAGGAUGACCCAUCUGCCGUGGCUAAAGGCUCGGUGACAACUGUCCAUGCUGAGAGAAGGUCGGCCAGGCAUGCUGCUAGGCAGGCAAUGGAGGCUGCAAAGAAGUCUGCUAGCACAUCCUCUGAUGAAGAUAACAGGCCGUUGACCCCCAACACGUGUGCCAUCUGUUCUAAACACUUCCAGAACUCCUACUAUCUCCAGAAACAUGAGCUGAGCCACAGGGAGGGCAAGACUAUGGAGUGUAACAAGUGUAACAAGUUCUUCAGACGACCUUCAGACCUGCGUGCUCACCAGCGCAGUCAUCGGAGUACCCGGCCAUACUCAUGCGAAGUGUGCGGUAGAUCCUUCAAACAGCAUCAGGUUCUACGAGCCCACCAGAAGACUCAUGCAGACAGCAGAGACUUUAAAUGUGACAAAUGUGGAGACGAGUUUAAAACAAAAGGAUCACUGAAGAGGCAUGAGCGUAGGCACACAGGUGAAAGGCCUUACAAGUGUAACAAGUGCGGCCGCGGGUUCUCGGAGUCCGGUGCCCUGCUGCGACAUCACAAGGCGCUCAUCCCGUGCACGGAGAAGGCGAAAACGUCCAACUUCAGCCAGGUCAGGGUUCGCUCCGUCGACAACCCCGAUUCAGCAGAGACACUCGUGCACAUGACCAGGAGCAGAACAAGGAAUGCUGGGAAUGUGGCAGCAGAGGAUGCUGGGAGUGCUGCAGGGGAUGGAGCAGGGGAUGAUGGGAAUGGAGAGGCAGGGGAUGAUGGGAUGGAAGAGGUGGAACCUGUUGAAGUUGAGCUGGGGAUGACCUCUGUGGAAGGUCAACUAGAAGGGAUACAAGUUGAAGAAGCUACCACUGCUGUAGAGGGGGAGGAGCCUCUGGACAAUAUUGAAGAAGACGGUGAAGGAAACAAUCAGGACAGUCCCAAAGAACCCCCUAACCAGUGCAGGGUGUGCAAGGUGGUUCAUCCAACCAGCAGUAGCCUGAAAGUACACCUGCUGACUGCUCACCUACAGAACAUGCCGUUCCGCUGUGGUUUGUGUGCGUUCUGCACGGGGGAGCGGGCAGAGCUACAGAAGCACAUGCUGGUGAAACACCGGCGACACCUGGGGGAGGGGCAGUACCUGGAUGUGGUGCAGGUGGACAGUCAGGGCAACAUCCAGCCUCUACCCAGGCCUCAUGAUAAACGCAUGCCUGAGAUGGCUGCUGGCAACACAGAGGAGGAAACAGCAGCAGAUCUGCUUGGAGAGGCGAUGGCCAACUCUGGGAUCUCCUCAGAUGAGACAGAGAUGGUCCACACUGCCAUGCAGACAGAGGAGACAGCCAUCGACGUGGAGGGCAACCCAGCAGCAAACGCCGCCUUGGAACAACUGUUGGAACUGCAGCACAUGGCAGAGUCAGCCAGCCAGCCUCCUGUGCAGGCUGGCUUACACAGCCACAGGACCUUACACAGGUGUCCACAUGAGGGCUGCAACCGGAGUUUCCGUGGUUCCAGUUACCUCAGACUGCACCAGAGGUCCCAUUCAGGAGACCGCCCGUUUAAGUGCAGUAUAUGUGAAGGACACUUUGUGUCCCGCGAUGCCCUGAAGCGACACAUCGUGACUCACAAUGAUGAGCGCAGGUACAAGUGCGGGGAGUGUGGCAAGCUGUACAAGCGAAUCUCCCACGUGAAGGAACACCUACGUGUGCACUGCCCUGACAAACCCUUCCAAUGUCCUCACUGUAAGAAGCACUACAAGACCCAGAGCUCACUCAGGGUCCACCUACGAACCCACGACAGUGACAUGCCGUUUUCCUGUGAGUUCUGUGAGCGAAACUUUCGCGAGAAGGCGUCACUCGUCCGCCAUCUGAGGACCCACACGGGAGAGAAGCCCUUCAAGUGUUCGCGGUGCAACAGAGGAUUCGCUGAACAUGGAACACUCAGGAGGCACCUCAGAGCAAAGGGUGGAUGCCGGGUAGCCAGUUCUUCAGGCCAGGCACCAGGUAUGGAUGCAGUGGACGCCCCUCCAGCAGAGGAGGUCCCCACAGUUUUAGUGGAGUUCUCCUCCAUGGUGGCAGAUACACAGUCUUACAUCAUCCAGGGCUCCGACCACGGACAAGAUGGCAGCACAGAGGGGCAGGCUUCACAGACUAUACAGGUGAUGGAAGGUGUGACCAAUGACCAGCUAGUAGAGGCACUGAGAAUUGCCCAGGCCAGUGGGGAAGUUCAGGAGGUCCAGGUCCAACAGGGUGAAGGGAUGGAAAUGUCGGAUCAGCACGGGGCGUCUGUUGUGGUGACCAGCGAGGUCGUUCACCUUGACCCGUCUGUCAUCAUGACGGCGAGCACUUCCUCCACUGGCGACAUCCACAACCUGCCGACAACAGCUGAGAUGGUGCCACAGGUCACUGUGUCAGAGGUCAUAGGUCAUGCUGGAGGGGAGGGUCUUGGCCAGGAGGUGACAACUGUUGGGGAAUCGGGCGGCAGGAUGGUCAACGUGGUGAAACUGCACCCUGGGAGGGACGAUGGCAACGUGCCAACAGACAUUGAGACAGUCGUAGUGGAAAUGCAUUGAAAACGUAACUUUGGCUGUGGUGCAUAUGCUAGGGAUUAGUGUAAUCUACACAGCAAGGUGUGAUCUUAGUUAUUUUGAAUGAAUUCUUUUAAGUGUUUUAAAAAUGUUUUGGGGAGAGGCACCGGGACUAGUACAAGUUAUAAUGGAUUCAGGGAAGAGGCUGAUCUGAGAAUUCUCGAAGUAUUUGUCACCACUGCAAGAUGGGAGAUCCCUCUAGCAGCUGCCUUUUAAACUGCAGAUUAUGAUAAGUCUGUCAAUGGCCAAAUUGUACACACAUCAUCCCUCCUUCAUAGCAAGCACAUGUACUUUUUAUAAACACUUUAUACUGCUUAAAACAUUUGUCCCUAGAAUGUGUGAAAAUUGGCAUGUCUGACAUAACUCAGAGUUUGCUUGCUAUUGAGGGGUUUUCGCUAUGCUAUUGUAGACAUUAGACAUUAAUAAGGUAUAGAAAUUCUGCAAUGCUGAUUACAUCUUAGCAAAAAUUUAUAUUGAAGAAAAAUGUUUUUUUUAAUAAUGACAGAAGUGAAUGUUAAGAGAAUUUUGUGUGGCUAUUCAGGGUUCAAAAUACUAGUACAUGUACUGACUCUCUCUGUGCAAGUCAUGGUUUCUGUGGAACUUAUUGGAGACCCCAGGUUGCCCAGUGCAAAAGUGACUGAUUCUGAAAUAAGCUGCAUCCCGCCUCGGCCAGCAUGUGAAUGGUACUCUAGUACUUUUACAAGUGCCGUGGCUUAUGGCUUGAGUUCGAAAAUAAACAUCCAGUGCUAGCUUUUGGAUAAGGUUGCCUCGUGGGCAACCCAAGGAAAAAGUAUUUCAAACCCUGCCUCUUCUCAUGCUACCAAGGGUAAGAAAGACCCACCACUCUAACCAGUGUUACAAACAGUGAAUGUUCAAUAGCCUUGUGCUACCCUUCAGCAGAAUAUGCAGAGUAAGAAGGUUAGCUAUUUAAUUGCUGAUUUUCAUGUACAUAAAUAACGGCAAGACAUUAGAAUUUGUGGCUGAAACUACAUUGAUUAUACCAACAUGUAAUUUUAAUGCAAGUAGAAGUAACAUACUGCUGAAGCACUGAGAGUUGUUUGUUUCUUUUCUAAUUGUUUCUGAUGGAAGUUGCUCAGACAUUUGGCCAUAUUUUGGCUAUAUACACCAAACGUUUUGUAAACAAGCUGACCAUGCCAUGUUGCUUACAAUUCACAGCAUAGAA